UUCCGAAUAAUUUACUAUCUACAAUAAUAGAAAACCUUUCUCUAAAUAUAGCCAUUUUAAAAUGUGUGCAAAAGUUGAAAGAAGUUCUGAGGUUUAGAACACACAAUUCAAAAGAGGGCGCUCGCGCUCUAGUUUUCUCUCUAAAACAUCCUUUACAAAAGAUCAGUUUUAUUAUGGAUUAAAUUACAAUAAAGCAGAGGAACAUAUACGUCAAUUUAAAUGCUUUUUUGUGUAAAACACAGAGAUGUAGAUGUAAAAUACAAAUCUAAUCUAAUAAAAACACCAAACAUAAAGUUAAGGUGGAGCAGACAUAUGCAAAAACGUCAUAAUGCAAGAUCCUAAAAUCAUCAGUGCGCAGCUGCAGAAGCUUACGCAAGGAGCUUAUACCUGUUAAGAUAAUAAUGGUCACCUGGGCCAUAAAUGAGCUGGCGCUAAAACCUUGAAGGCGGUCAUAGAUGCUUUAGUAGCAGUGAGUGCAUGUCUGCGCUCUUCACCGACCAACAGGUAGGAGGACUGCCAUUCUUGAUUUGGGACUAAAACGUUUCACUUCAACAGCAUAUCGAGUGAUAACUUCACAACAUAGAUAAAGUUUUUGGUUAGUUAUUUGUGGGAAGUUUGUUUUUAAUCGGGUGUUAUUCCUGUUAACAUGUGUGGUCGGUCGCUGUCCAUGGUUCUGAAAAAUAGAACUUGCUAGUUCCCAAAGUUGUCAAAGGAAGGAUUAUGUACUUUUUUGCACGUUUAAUGCUAAAUUGUAGUAUAGGCAAUUGGGCAAUCUAAUUUAAAAAAAGGAUGAUCUCAUAUUUAAAAGCUCCAUUACUCAUUACCGCAUUUUCUUUUUACAGCGAUAUCCUUUUACGUUAACAUGAGCCAGGAUCAUCACACACCACUGACUUUUAUGCAGACACAUGCAGCCUAGGAUGAAGCACAGCCAAACAAAGGGUUUUAAAACAGACAUUGGAGCCUGGAUACUGUGUGGUCACAGCACAAUACUAAAUGCCAUCUUUUAAAAUGAGAUUUGGUCAAACAUCUGCAAUGCUUUAACUAUUUUUUUAAAAAUAACUUUUGUGUUGGUUAUCUCUAAUACUCCAAUUGUUUGCAUCUUCCCAUGUGGAGCAGCAGUAUUUUAUGAUAUUGGACCAGCAGGUGCAUUUACAAGUCAAAUUCCAAGUUUCUUGGAUAUCCAACUGCCUGGAUGAGUGAAGAAAGGGUUUCCAAACACAUACCAUGGAUACCUCAUUUAAUCCUCAUGCCUGGAAGGAGUUGACAAAUGGAGGGGGGCACCCCCAUUUAAAAAAUGGAGGACAGAAUGGGGGCUCCCACAGCACAAUGCGCUACAUGGUGAAGAAACAGAAUCGCCGCACACGCAGAUCAUCUUCACCUAUGGGGCGGGUCAUCCUCAUCAAUGCCCCUGCAGAUGGAGGAGACGACAGUGAAGACAUUCACACUGUUACCGUAGACAAGAGCCCAGAUGGGCGACUGGGUUUCAGUGUCCGAGGUGGUUCUGAACACGGCCUGGGCAUAUUUGUGAGCAAAGUGGAUGAUGACAGUUCUGCAGCUCAGGCUGGACUGACUGUUGGCGAUAAGCUUGUGGAGGUGAAUGGGGUCAGCCUAGAGAGCAUCACCAUGAGCAGCGCUGUGAAGGUCCUGACAGGCAAUAACAGGCUGAGGAUGGUGUUGAGACGCGUGGGUAAGAUCCCCGGCAUCCGCUACUCCAAGGAGAAGACCACAUGGGUAGACCUGAUUCAUCGGCGUAUGGUGGUUGAGGAGGGUAGUGGUGCUCCAUCUGAGGCCAGCUCCGACUGCGCUCUUCGCAGGAUUGUACACCUCUUCACCACAUCAGACGACUACUGUCUGGGAUUCAACAUCAGAGGUGGCAAAGAGUUUGGCCUGGGAAUCUAUGUUUCCAAGCUGGACCCAGGAGGUCUCGCAGAGCAGCACGGCAUCAAAAUGGGCGAUCAAAUCCUUGCAGCCAAUGGGGUGAGCUUCGAUGACAUCACCCACAGCAAUGCAGUGGAGGUCCUGAAGAGCCACACUCAUGUCAUGUUGACCAUCAGGGAAGUUGGGAGAUACCCCGCAUACAAGGAGAUGGUGGCUGAGUAUGGCUGGCUCGACAAAUUAGCCAACGAUGGCCAUCCACCAUCCUCACACGGUUCAGAUUCCAACUCCUCUGUGUCUUCACUGUCAUCCAGCACCCCUCUCAGCUCCCUCAGUGGUCUCUCCCAGGUUCUUUUUCCUCCAAUCUUUCACAAUGAGAUGGUAGAUGUCGCCAUCUCCACAGAAGACCGCACCCAGUGUCCAAGCAGCUCUGAGCAAACAACUGACACGGCCAUACAGACUGACCUCCAAGUUCCAAACUCCCUGGACCCCCCGUCUCCAAACAAAUCCUUCUCUGACAGGCCUGGCACUGCAGACACCAGUCGAACUGUGGGUGAAACACUGCUGCUAAAGGACACUGUCAUACGGGGGAAAGGGGAGGGGCCAAUGGAAGUGGGAGGAGCCAGGGAAGGAGGACGACACAGGGGGAGGUCAUUGUCCACUGGGGACCGGGAGGAUGAGAAACGCUCACCAAAGACAGAGGCACUGAUGGCCCUGAGCAAACCACGAAAGCCAAUCAGACGUUCCCAGAGCCACAUCAUGUUGUCAGAGGACAGAAAUAAUAAGAAAAAGAAGCAACAGAAGGAAAAGGUGCCAUCAGAGGGUAAGACCAAGCUGCAACGCUCCAAAACCUUCGUAAACCUGCUGUUCAAGAAAGACCCCAAAGAGAAGAAAUCGCAGAAUCAGCAUACUGGUAAAGAUAAAGAGCGAAGUCGUCCAUUCCAGCUCUUCACCUCCCCGAGAGAAUCACGUGCCGGCAGCCCACUGCUUCGGCCUGAGACCGUGCAGCACGUGGAGGACAUGGCCAAGAAACUGCUCAGCCCAGAUGAGGUAGCAGCUGUGAUGAGACAUUGUCAGCGUUUUUUGUCUGACAAUGUGAUUGAGGAUUUGGUGCGUCCCCUUCUGGCAAUUUUGGACAGACCAGAGAAGCUGCUGCUUCUCAGAGAAAUAAGAAUGCUGAUCCCAACAACUGAGCUGUGCCAUUUUGACAACGUGGUGAUGCCUUUUGAACUAGAGGCAUAUGAAAUCCUCAAGAAUCGCUCUAUGCGUUCUCCAGCUCUGCGCUCUCCUCACAGGGGAACUCCUCGACGACACCUCAUCACACCUGUUCCAGACAACAGAGGUGGGUUUCAACUUCAUCCGGUCCAAAACAGCCCUCAGGAGCGUCUGCUAAUAGAGGAGUUUGACAGACUUCGUCUGGCCAGUCAACAGUCAGGCCACCUGCCGCCGUCCCGUGCCUUCACCCCACUGUUAGACGUACCUGUGGACAGCUUUGCAUCCAACAUUUCACGCUCCCGUUCCCCCUCACCCAGUCACAGCUUCCUCCUUCCCGAAUCACCAUUCAGCACCCAACACGGGCGCCACCAUCUGCCCUCUCCAAACAGAGGGGAGACUGGGGCGCAAAGGUACGAUGCCGUCUCCCAGCUGCCUGCAUCUGACCGAGAAGAUACUGCUCUUGAGCGGGGAAGGUCACCUGUGAGGAACGGCCGUGGAAGAGCGAGGAGAGAGGAGAGUCCUGACAGCAUAGAUGUCAGGCGAAGCAGACAGGUGGGAUACACUGAAGUAAGUGUGCGGGUCCCAUCACAGCACAGAGAGAGAACCCUUCUGGCUGACGUAUUUGACCCCCAAAGACAGAAGAGCCUCAGCAGGGGCACAUGGAGUGCACAGGAGAUGAAUGGCCAUUUUGACAAUGGUCACACAGUCAAAACAAAACAAGCUCUGCCAGUGGAGGACUAUGAAAUCACAACUGUCACCAUCUCAAAGGCCAAGCCAUCACUGGGGAUUAGCAUAUCUGGAGGGAUCGAAUCAAAGAUUCAGCCGAUGAUUAAAAUUGAGAAGAUAUUCCCAGGAGGAGCUGCAUCUACCAAUGAGGCUCUGAAAGCAGGUGACGAGUUGUUGUCUGUGGAUGGCAAGAGUCUACAAGGAGUCACUCAUCUCCACGCUGUGGAUUUAAUUCGUCGUGCAUUCAGUAACAAGGCCAAAGAUCCAAUGGUUUUUGUGGUCAAAGUCCCUCAGAUUACUAACCAGACCCCCCCAGUACAUCUGCUGAAAGACAAAUAACAAAAUCAUCAGCUUUUUAACGACUAACCGAGACAUUUUGGAAACAUUACAAAGAUAAAGAAUGAUUUUAAAUCACUUUUGCAAGAGCAAGAUUUAAAUGAAGCUGAAAAGUUGCAUCCUAUACAUGAUAUGAUGCUCAGUGUUAUGGGAGACAUUUUAGGAGCUGUCAAUGCAGGAAGAACACUUGAUGCAUUUUCUAAAGAGUGUUGCAAGAUAAGAUUUUGAUAAAGUGAAAGUGUGCCAUGGUCCAACACAUGAGAGCUGUGCUGUGACCUCUGAGCUCUGUUUGACAGUGGAGCCACUUCUCAGCCCAACAGCCCUGCAGAACUGCCAGAAGAUUACCCCAUCCUGUUAAAUGAGAUUAUUUUUUGGAUGAUUCAUACACAGAUUAAGCCCCUGUAUUAUGUCAAAAAUGGAUAGUCAGGUUUUAGAGGAUGUCUGAAGGGAUUAUUACAAAUUGCUGCUCAGUAUUUUUGUGUUGCAUUUGUUCUGGCAGAAGUACUUGGGCUCUGAAACACCGCCACUUUAAAAGCUUAAUUACACCAGGCUGUGGGCUGAGAUUAUGCAGACAUGUGGAGGAGUUGGAAAAACAUGUCAGUGAGAAAUGCAGGACACAAAGACCCAUGCCAGAGUUUAGAUCUGCGUCAGCUAGAGUGGAUAAGGGCAGGAGAAUGAGUCUAUAGUGCCUUACUUCUGUGGAAGAACAAAGUGUUAACCAUAAAGUUCCUGUAGAGUUUUCAAACUGCCACAUCCUGGUAAAGUUACUUUAAGGUACCUUAAAGGUUUGAAACCAUCUAGAAUUUUCUAUAAUUUUUACACGAAUGUAUUCUAGAUCAACUUUAUCUUAUAAAAGCAAAAAAAAAAAAAGUUUAAAAUGAAACAAACAUUUAUUUAUUGCUAGACACAAGAUUCUUUUAAUUGAAUUCUAAAUAUUACCUCUGUAUUUCCUAAGCUAUAAUAAAAAAUAUCUGUUUGUUUUUCAACAUGA